GGCAAGACACACACUGUCAGGCAAUCAGACCUGUAUCCGUCCUCGGCAUCGCUCCAUCAGGGAUUGAAACUGCCAAUCUCUCGCUCACACACACACACACACCACACACACACAGGGCCUCGACAGGCUUGGGAUUCGGACAAGCGGCUAUAGCGAGCGGGGCUACAAUGGUUGCCACAGCGAGGGCAGUGGUCUGCCUGUCUCUCUGGUUGUUGGUGUGUCAGGUCCGGGGCGCCUACAUCCCUCCGGAGAUGAACAAAACCAUCCAGACCCUCCUGCAGCACUAUACUAUCCCAACUAGAGAGAGAUUUAACCAGAAGCCGGUCUUCUCUCACAAACCGCUGGCUGGAAAAAUGGAGGGAAAGCGAGUGUUCAUGGGAAGCGUUCUGGAGACGUACGAGAAGCUGAUUGGCCAGAUGUUGAAGCAGCAGCCCACCCCAACUCCCCAGACAGCCGGGAGCAACGAGCGUCUCGCCUCCGCCGCUGCCGGCGAUGCAAGUGAUGACCGCAUCAGAACGGGGCUGAACUACAUCCUGAGGAAGGUCAAGGAGCUGAAGAAACACCAUUACAAGGAGCAAGAAGAGCUUCUGCAGGAGCUGAAGGGUCUCGAACACAUCAAGCUGGAUAACCAUGUGGUCCAGAGCAAAGCUUUGAGGGAGCUGCCGUGGCUGUACGAGGAGGCGAGCUCAUUGAAUGAGGAAAUCGAGCUGAGGAGGCGCCGCCGCCAAGCUCGGAGGGUCAAGAAUCAUCCGAGAGCCUGAAACACCAACAAUAUGUCAACA